AUGCAGGCAAGGAGACAACUAAUUACAUCAACGCAGCGCAUAGCUGCUAGUGCCCGGACCCAGGCUGUGCAACCACUUACACGAGUACUCGCAACACAACCUUUGAGGCCAACCUCUCUGCGGCUGCUACCAAGUCUUGCCGUUAGGACAUAUGCCAAUGGCCGACCACAUCCUCCCGGUGGUACUCACCGCAUGAAUAUGAGUGGUGAAGAAGAGAAGCCUGCUCUCGAACAAUUUGGUAUUGAUUUGACUGCCAGAGCCAAGGAUGGCAAACUUGAUCCAGUCAUUGGAAGAGAUGCCGAGAUUCAAAGGACAAUCCAGAUUCUAUCAAGACGUACCAAGAACAACCCAGUUCUUAUCGGAAAUGCUGGAACUGGAAAGACAGCAAUUCUCGAAGGUCUUGCCCUCCGUAUUGUCCGUGGCGACGUCCCCGAGAGUGUCAAGAACAAGCGAGUCAUCAGUCUUGACCUUGGCUCACUCAUUGCUGGUGCCAAGUACAGAGGAGACUUCGAGGAGAGGUUGAAGAAGGUUUUGACGGAGGUGGAACAGGCUGAAGGAGAAGUCAUUCUGUUCAUCGAUGAACUGCACACCCUGCUUGGUCUUGGAAAGGCCGAGGGAUCUAUCGAUGCCUCGAACCUUCUGAAGCCUGCUUUAGCCCGUGGUGAACUUCAAUGCUGUGGUGCAACAACCCUCAACGAGUACCGCCAGAUUGAGAAAGAUGUUGCUCUGGCACGCCGAUUCCAACCUAUUAUCGUUAGUGAGCCUUCUGUAGAGGAUACCAUCAGUAUUCUCCGAGGUAUCAAAGACAAGUACGAAGUCCACCAUGGUGUCCGCAUUACAGAUGGCGCUUUGGUGGCUGCUGCAACUUUCUCCAACCGCUACAUCACCGAUCGAUUCUUACCUGACAAGGCUAUUGACCUCAUGGAUGAGGCGGCCAGUCACCUCAAACUGCAGCACGAGUCCAAGCCUGAAGACAUCAUGCGACUCGAUCACAAGAUCAUGACCAUUCAGAUUGAACUUGAGAGUUUACGGAAGGAAUCCGACGUUGCCAGCAAGGAGCGCCGAGAGAAGCUAGAGAACGACCUCAAGAAACUCAACGAAGAAAUCUCGGGGCUCAACGAGCGCUGGGAGAAGGAACGUGCGGAGAUCGAGUCGGUCAAGAAGAUCCAAGAAGACCUCGACAAGGCUAAAUUCGAGCUUGAACAGGCACAGAGAGAGGGAAACUUUGGUCGUGCCUCUGAGCUCAGAUUUGGUGUGAUUCCCAACCUGGAACAGAAUUUGCCCAAGGAGGGAGAGUCCAGGGAGUCCCAGUCCAGUGAUACCCUUAUCCACGACUCCGUCAGCCCCGAUGAUAUCGCCAACGUCGUCUCCCGCAUUACAGGUAUCCCUGUGUCGAAGCUCACCUCAGGACACAUUGAGAAGCUGGUCCACAUGGAAGACUCACUCAGUCAGGCGGUCAAGGGUCAAGAUGAAGCCAUCAAGGCUGUCUCCGAUGCUGUUCGUCUGCAGCGGGCCGGCUUGAGCGGCGAGAACAAACCUCUGGCUUCCUUCUUCUUCCUAGGCCCUACUGGUGUAGGUAAAACAGAGCUGUGCAAGAAACUGGCCGGCUUCUUGUUCUCGACAGAAUCUGCAGUUGUUCGUUUCGACAUGUCAGAGUUCCAGGAAAAGCACACUAUCUCACGACUUAUCGGUGCACCCUCCGGUUACGUUGGUUACGAAGAUGCAGGCCAACUGACCGAGGCUGUCCGUCGUAAGCCGUAUGCCGUCCUGCUCUUUGACGAGUUUGAGAAGGCACACCGCGAUAUCUCCGCUCUGCUACUCCAAGUUCUCGACGAGGGCUACCUCACCGACGCACAAGGCCACAAGGUCGACUUCAAGAACACCAUCAUCGUUCUGACGUCCAACCUGGGUGCUGAUAUCCUUGUUGGUCAGAAUAACCUCCACCCUUAUAGCGAAACACCCGACGGCGAAAUCGAUCCAUCAGUCCGCAAGGCCGUCAUGGAUGUCGUCGCUUCAGCAUACCCACCUGAGUUCCUCAACCGAAUCGACUCCUUCAUUGUCUUCAAGCGCCUCGCUCGCAGCGCCCUCCGCGACAUUGUGGAUAUCCGUCUGAAGGAGCUCCAGCAGCGCCUCGACGACCGCCGCAUCACCCUCUCCGUUCCCAACGAUGUCAGAAACUGGCUUGCGGAGCGCGGCUACGACCCCAAGUUCGGCGCUCGCCCUCUGAACCGACUCAUCACCAACGAGAUCGGCAACGGUCUCGCAGAUCAAAUCAUCAAGGGCCAGUUGAAGAUGGGAGAGACGGCCGAGGUCAAGGUCCGAGAAGACAAGGAGGGUUUGGAGAUCGCUAUUAAGCCUAAGGAUACUUAA